AUGUGCAAAGAAACAGAUAAUGUAGAAAAGACCGAACCUGUUAAAGAGAGAAAAGUUGAAGAAACAAAGGAUGAAGAGCCUCCAAAAGUAGAGAAACCGCAAGAGCAAGCAGAAAAAGAAUUGACAAAAGAUCAAGUUCCACCGCUCGAACCAGCAGUUGUUCAACCAGUCAUUCCGAUUGCAGAUCCUGAUACUAUUAAGCAAAUGGAACAAGAAUAUUAUUCUUAUUCAACAUCAACCGAAUACUAUUCUACAGAUGCUACAACAACAACUACUACGACAGCAACAACCGACUAA